GUAUACAUUCGUUGGGUGUACAGUGCUGUCAGUGUUAAAAGUCUGUUUAUUACCGAUUUUGAUGAAAAUACAUACGGACAUAUCCAAUAACCUGUAAAAAAUCAAUCGAUAGUACUUUGUACUGAUGUCGACAGCGAUGGACAUGUUCCUAAGCGCCACCGAUUCGCUACCCUUUCCCGACAUCCUCGACAUCGACAUCAAGUCUGAAAUAGACACGCUGGUGGGCGGCCACAACGACUUCUCGGGGUUCAAUUUCAACGACAUGCCAGCCACGUUCGAGAUGAUGGACGAAGUCAAGUGGUUCGGCUCGAGUUCCAACCAUUCGACGUUGGAUUUCGGCGGUGAAGAUGGGCCUACUAUGGUGAACCCGAACGCGGUGAUGCCGCUGAUGUCGUUGGCUCAGAGUAUUCGGUCGCCCUCGCCUACGUUCAAGGAGAGCCAUCUGACUUUUUCGCCUGCUACUAUCAAGAUAACCUCUAGCAAACCUGAGGUGACUACUGUCAAGAAGGAUCUGACGAUGAAAUUGGAAGAGAUCGUCGACAAAAAACCAAUUUUCAAGACCAUCACCAAGGUGACCCCUAUUUUGGCUAAACCGGUUGUCAAGGCGUUAGCCAAACCCCCAACAAUACUCACUUUCAGAAACGCGGUGGCCAGACAAGUCGCGUCCCCCAUAAGCGUGACGCACCUGAGCAGCGUGUCGACGCUGCGAACGGCGCAGACGCAUGCCGCCCCCCUGAGCCGCAAGACCGCCCCCCGCGACUCGUACAUCGACGUGGACGAUCGCGCCUACCCGAAGCCCGCCUACAGCUACAGCUGCCUGAUCGCGAUGGCCUUGAAGAACAGCCGGUCGGGCAGCCUGCCCGUCUCGGAGAUCUACAACUUUAUGUGCCACCAUUUUCCUUAUUUCAAGACGGCGCCCAACGGGUGGAAGAACUCCGUGCGGCACAAUCUGUCGCUGAACAAGUGCUUCGAGAAGAUCGAGAAGCCGGCGCUGAACGGCGCCCAACGGAAGGGCUGCCUGUGGGCGAUGAACCCGGCCAAGAUCGUCAAGAUGGACGAGGAGGUGCAAAAGUGGUCGCGGAAGGAUCCGCACGCCAUCAAGAGGGCCAUGACCAAUCCGGAAAACUUGGAGUCAUUGGAGAGGGGCGAAAUGAAGUUCGCGAGUUCCUACGACGAUGGCGACAAUUUCGGCGAUUCUUGCGGCAGCGCCGAGGAGCAGAGCGAAGCCUCGGAUUCCGAACAGGAGCAGGAACAGGAAGUGGAAACCACCAACCAUCAGUACCAGUUCAUCCACGUCAAAGAUGAGGAUACGUCGGAUCUCGACAUCGAGGUUUCCGAAGAUAUUGGUUAUGAAGAGAUGGAAGAUGAACAGGAGCUUCUCAGAGUGGAGAUGGCGCUGGCACAAAAGGAGCUCCUGCAAUAUGAAAGAACGAUCAACAAUAAGAGGAGGCGGACGUAUUUAUUGCAACGCUAGAUCACAUUCAGCGAAUCUAGGUAUAUACAGUAUGAAUAAAUAUGUGUGUGUGUGUGUGUGCUGAGGGUUCGGGAUUAGUUGAAAAGGUAU